UUUAGAGUAUUCAUUCCUCUGACAGCACGUGUGAAGGUUAUACGUACGCGGUACGACGCUCGGCUAGAACCUACAAGUGUCUUUGUGUGGUGCAAUCAAUAACUGUCGACGAUUUUAACAACAAAGAAUAAAAUUAAUUCGUUGUUAAUAGAUAAUAAUAAAUUCAAUUGGACUUGACUCACUUGAUACAAUAAACCAAAAACAUGUCGAUUACCGCAUCAAAAGUUCACGAAGUCCGUGAAAUCACAAGAAUUGAGCGCAUUGGAGCUCAUUCUCAUAUUCGAGGCUUAGGCUUGAAUGACAGCUUGGAAGCAAGAAAUGUUUCUCAAGGAAUGGUCGGCCAGUUUCGGGCCAGGCGUGCUACUGGAGUCAUUCUUGAAAUGAUUAAGGAAGGUAAAAUUGCUGGUAGAGCAGUUCUUUUGGCAGGCCAACCAGGUACUGGUAAAACUGCUAUUGCAAUGGGUUUGGCUCAAUCUCUUGGUUCAGAUACACCUUUUACACUUAUGGCUGGCUCUGAAAUUUAUUCUUUGGAAAUGAGCAAAACUGAAGCUUUAACUCAAGCGAUUCGAAAAUCCAUUGGUAUUAGGAUCAAAGAAGAAUCUGAAAUAAUAGAGGGUGAGGUAGUUGAAAUUCAAAUAGAUCGACCUGUCACUGGUGUUGGAGCAAAAAUUGGUAAACUUACUUUGAAGACUACAGAGAUGGAAACCAUUUAUGAUUUGGGAAAUAAAAUGAUAGACUGUCUUAUGAAAGAAAAAGUACAAGCUGGUGAUGUCAUUACAAUUGAUAAAGCUACAGGAAAAAUCAGUAAACUUGGUCGCUCUUUCACUAGAGCUCGAGAUUAUGAUGCAACCGGUCCACAAACCAGAUUUGUUCAAUGUCCAGAAGGAGAAUUACAAAAAAGAAAAGAAGUUGUUCAUACAGUAACUCUACAUGAAAUUGAUGUAAUCAACAGCAGAACACAUGGAUUUUUGGCUCUUUUUUCUGGUGAUACUGGAGAAAUCAAACCUGAAGUCAGAGAGCAAAUUAAUAUGAAAGUAUCAGAGUGGAGGGAAGAAGGCAAAGCUGAUAUUGUGCCAGGAGUAUUAUUUAUUGAUGAAGUACAUAUGUUGGAUAUUGAAUGCUUUUCAUUCCUUAAUCGAGCUUUAGAAAAUGAAAUGGCUCCAGUAGUCAUUAUGGCCACUAACAGAGGCAUCACUAAAAUCAGGGGCACCAGCUACAAGAGUCCCCAUGGAAUACCUAUUGAUUUACUUGACAGAAUGAUAAUUGUUCCAACUGUUCCAUAUCAAGAAGCUGAGCUUAAAGAGAUCUUAAAAAUCAGAUGUGAAGAAGAAGAUUGUGAAAUGUCUAGUGAUGCUCUAUUAGUUCUCACUCGUAUAGCUAAUGAAACUUCUUUGAGAUAUGCUAUACAGCUUAUUACAACCUCUUCGUUGAUUUGUAGAAGAAAUAAAACUACUGAAGUAAGUGUAGAUGAUGUUAAAAGGGCAUAUAGUUUAUUCCUGGAUGAAAAUAGAUCUUCGCAAUUUUUGAAAGAAUAUCAAGAUGAUUUCAUGUUUUAUGAAAAUGAAGAGCAUGCGAUGGAGACUAAUUAAAUAAUAUUAGUUAUAAUUAUCAAUCAUAUAAGUUUUAAGUUUAAUCUGUACUUUAAAAUUAUUUUAAUAAAUUCAUAGAUUUUUAAAAUAAAAAACUUUCUUAUUAUAACUAGGUCUCAAUUAUAUAAUUAUAUUCUUACAAAAAUUGAGAUGUAAAAGGACAA